AUGAAUUCUUCAUCUUCUAUCUCCAAUGUGUCGAUCAUUCUGAGUAAUCGAGACUCUGCCAGCACAGGUGUGGCUAAAACAUUGUCUGUCCUGGCUCUGGGUCUCAGCAUCAACUACAUCAACUGUGCUCUGAUUCACACCUUCAGGAAACACCAGGUGUUUUACAGGAAUCCUCGUUACAUCCUGUUCAUCCAUCUGGUGGUGAACGAUAUGAUCCAGCUCACAACCACAGUCAGCCUGUUUGUCAUCAGUUAUGUUUUCUAUCAAAUUAACGUUUCUCUCUGUUGUUUUGUUAUUUCCUUUGCUGUUUUCACCACCCUAAACACCCCAAUAAAUUUAGCUGCAAUGGCUGUGGAGUGCUACAUCGCUGUGUGCUUCCCUCUGAGACACGCUGAGCUCUGCACCGUCAGACGAACUUAUAUUCUGAUUGUCUGGAUUUGGGUUUUGAGUUCUGUGUCAGUUAUACCUGAUAUAUUUCUCAUUGUAGCUACAGAGCCUGCAUGGCUGUUUUAUUCCACAGUAUUUUGUGACAGAGAUAAUAUGUUUCGACAUCCAGUAAGUAUACAAAAGAGGGAUGUUUCUUUUAUACUGUAUUUAACAGGAGUUUGGCUCACUCUCUUCUGUACCUAUAUAAAGAURUUCUUUGUUGCUAGAGCAGCWAAUUCYYKRGAUGGAAAAGCAAAAAAGGCCAGAAACACCAUCCUGCUUCAUGGCUUUCAGCUCCUCUUGUGUAUGCUGACAUAUGUGUACCCUAUGUUCAGAAACUCACUGGUUAUUUGGUUCCCCGAACAUCAUCUGUAUGUCCUCUUUGUUUUGUACAUCAUCAUCCAAAUUCUCCCCAGGUUUGUCAGUCCCAUUGUAUACGGACUACGAGACAAUGUCUUUAAACAGCAUUUAAGAAAAUAUCUGCUCUGUGGUUUGAACACAGGAAACAAAACUGCUGCGCUCAGUGAAACUCGUAAUGCUUUCCAGAAUUCUAUUCACACAAACAAAAGUCACAGAUAG